GAACGGACACACACACACACAUCCGUACAGAUCACACAGACAGACAACCAGCUGUUUCAAAUAGUUAAGGAUUCAUCUCAUAACGAAACCGUGCGGCUUCCUGCAGAACAGGAUCGUGCAAAAAAGCAAUUCCAAGAUCCGCAUCCGAGAUGGCCGAGCAAAACCCAUUGACCUUCUGGCAAAAUACAUCAGCGCAGAAGACGACGACUUGGCUGUGGAAAUGCAUGAACCUUACACUUUCUUGACUGGACUCACUGUGUCUGACCUGGAAGACUUGCUGGAAGAUAUUCAGAUCUACAUGGAAUUGGAGCAGGGGAAGAAUGUGGAUUUUUGGAGAGAUAUGACCAUCAUCACAGAGGAUGAAAUCUCCAAGUUACGCAAGCUGGAAACCUUCGGGAAGGGGCCAGGUGAAAGACGAGAAGGGGUAAAUGCCUCUGUCACCACCGAUGUACAGGCUGUAUUUAAAGGAAAGACAUACAACCAGCUUCAGGUGAUUUUUCAAGGAAUCGAAAGCAAGAUUAGAAAAGGAGGACCGAACCUGGAUAUUGGGUAUUGGGAGAGUCUCCUGCAGCAGCUUAGGGCUUACAUGGCCAGAGCUAGGCUUCGAGAGAGACACCAGGACGUCUUGCGUCAGAAACUCUUCAAACUGAAGCAAGAGCAGGGUGUGGAAAGCGAGCCUCUCUUCCCCAUUAUAAAACAGGAGCCUGAAUCUCCUAAUGACAGGCCAGACCAGGGAGAGUCUGCCUCAGAGCAACCUGGCUCAUCCUCUGCAGCCAAUGCCCCAGAGGAUUCUAGCAGUGCCCAAGAAGGUGAUGGCAAGGGUGAAGGUGGGGAGUCUGUACUCAUGGAAGAAGACCUAAUCCAGCAGAGCCUCAAUGAUAAUGAUGCUGGAAAAUACAGCCCCAAGCUGCUAAGUAACCAGGAGCUGCCUUUUGAUGCUCAUGUAGUAGACUUUGAAGAGGACCAACAAAGACUGGUGCUCUGCAGGCAACAACUACAAGUCACAGGUGAUGCCAGUGAGAGCCCUGAAGACAUCUUUAUCAGGAAAGCGAAAGAAGGUAUGGAUGGUGAUGAGGCCCAGUUCAGUGUGGAGAUCCCAGUCACAAGCAAAGCUUACUUAUGGGCGGACAAAUAUAGGCCUCGAAAACCUCGUUUCUUCAAUCGUGUCCAUACAGGCUUUGAGUGGAACAAAUACAACCAAACGCAUUAUGACUUUGACAACCCUCCCCCCAAAAUUGUACAGGGCUACAAAUUCACCAUAUUUUUUUAUCCAGACUUGAUUGACAAACGAUCUACUCCGGAAUAUUUCUUGGAGGCUUGCCAUGACAACAAGGACUUUGCUAUAUUACGUUUCCAAGGAUGA